AUGUGGGCACCAUCCCUGAAGGAAGAAGCUACAUUCCCUGAGGCAGAAGGAGCUUCCUUGGAGCAAGGGCAGAGUGCGCAGUCCCAGGAGCGUGCCCAAAUUGCCCUCUCCUGUGUCACAGGCAGUGAAGAGAUGGUGUUGAGCCGUCAUCGUUUCAGAAACGUGGAAAUGGCUGCACCUCCAGUCCAGUGUCCCUUUUCCUUUGAGGAGGUGUCCGUCUAUUUCACUGAAGCAGAAUGGGCCCUGCUGAAUCCGGGACAAAGAGCUCUGUACAGGGAUGUCAUGCUGGAGAACUAUGGGCAUCAAGGAAGUCACACAGGGGAGAAACCUUUUGAAUGCUCAGUGUGCGGAAAGAGAUUCAGUUGGAGUAGCCAGCUGAUACGGCAUCUGAGGACUCACACAGGGGAGAAACCUUUUGAAUGCUCAGAGUGUGGAAAGAGAUUCAGUGAGAGUGGUGCUCUUUAUCGGCAUGAAAGAACCCACACGGGGAAGAAACCAUUUGAAUGCUCAGAGUGUGGAAAGAAAUUCAGUCAGAGUGGCACUCUUCAGCACCAUCUGAGAACCCACUCAGGGGAGAAACCUUUUGAAUGCUUAGAGUGUGGAAAGAGAUUCAGUGAGAGGAGAAUUCUUCAACAGCAUAAAAGAAGCCACACAGGGGAGAAACCUUUUGAAUGCUCAGAGUGUGGAAAGAGAUUCACUUGGAGUGGCCAGCUGAAACGGCAUCUGAGAACCCACACAGGGGAGAAACCUUUUGAAUGUUCAGUUUGUGGAAACAGAUUCAGUGAGAGUAGUGCUCUUCAGCGGCAUGAAAGAACCCACACGAGGAAGAAACCAUUUGAAUGCUCAGAGUGUGGAAAGAGAUUCAGUCGGAGUAGCCAUCUGCAACGGCAUCAAAGAACCCACACAGGGGAGAAACCUUUUGAAUGCUUAGAGUGUGGAAAGAGAUUCAGUCGGAGUAGCCAUCUGCAACGGCAUCAAAGAACCCACACAGGGGAGAAACCUUUUGAAUGCUUAGAGUGUGGAAAGAGAUUCAGUCGGAGUAGCCAUCUGCAACGGCAUCAAAGAACCCACACAGGGGAGAAACCUUUUGAAUGCUUAGAGUGUGGAAAGAGAUUCAGUCGGAGUAGCCAUCUGCAACGGCAUCAAAGAACCCACACAGGGGAGAAACCUUUUGAAUGCUUAGAGUGUGGAAAGAGAUUCAGUCGGAGUAGCCAUCUGCAACGGCAUCAAAGAACCCACACAGGGGAGAAACCUUUUGAAUGCUCAGAGUGUGGAAAGAAAUUCCGUGGGAGUGGCAGUCUUCAAAACCAUCAGAGAAUCCACACUGCAGAGAAACCAUUUGUAUGCUCCGUGUGUGGUAAGAGAUUCAAUUGGAGCAGCACUCUUCAGCGGCACAAAAGAACUCACACAGAGGAGAAACGUUUUGUAUGCUCAGAGUGCGGAAAGAGAUUUGGUGAGAGGAUCCGUCUAGAAUACCACCAAAGAACCCACACAGGGGAGAAACCUUUUGAAUGCUCAGAGUGUGGAAAGAGAUUCAGUUGGAGUAGGAAUCUGCAACAGCAUCAGAGAACACACACAGCACAGAAACCCUUUGUAUGCUCUCUGUGUGGGAAGAGAUUCAGGUUGAGUCACACUCUUCAAAAGCAUCUGAGAACUCACACAGGAGAGAAACCUUUUGAAUGCUCAGAGUGUGGAAAGAGAUUCAGUCAGAGCGGCACUCUUCAGUGGCACAGAAGAACCCACACGGGGGAGAAACCUUUUGAAUGCUUAGAGUGUGGAAAGAGAUUCAGUCAGAGAGGCACUCUUCAGCGGCAUCUAAGAACCCACACAGGGGAGAAGCCUUUUUAA